ACACGCAGCUGAGUUAGCGGGUUAGAUCUUUCAGCAACUCAUGGUCAGAGUGGAUCCGAUAGUUACUUUAUAAAAAGAGGCCAGGCAGGGAACGACGGAAAUGUUUAGCUCAGGACGAACUGUUAGAUCGUUUUCAUCAUUCUUGCAACAUCGAAACACACGGUUUCACUUUCCAUUUUUGAGGAGGAAAAAUGUUUUGAACAAUGCAACGCUUCAAUCAGCUGUUCGCAGUUCACUUUCCGUCUCGUCAACCCCAAAUUCAUCCACUACUUCGUCUUCAACUCCGUUAGAUAAGUUAAUAAAAAGAUAUGAUGAUUUUUCAAGGCGUCACAUUGGACCUAAUUCUGCUGAAGUACGAGCGAUGCUCAAUCUUGUUGGCGUCAAGGUAAACAAUUAAUUACUAGAGAAAAAAAAAUACAUUUUAAACACUAAACACCGCGUCGCAUUUCAGAUUUCACGCCUAAUUUUAUUUUUAAUGAAUGUAGUAUGUAAUGGAUGGAGUGGCCUUGAGUAGUCUUAAACUAGGUCAACACAGACGACACAAAAGUAUAAAAGUACCUUCUUAAGUUCUUAUAAGUUGCAUGACCAUAUGAUAGGGCCUAUAAUAACUCAUUGUAGAGAUUUACAACAUCAACACUUAAAUUUACUCUUACUACUUACACUAAUUUAAUAUAUUAUCACUGAUCAUCAUAUCAAUUUUUUCAUAGUCUAGUGAAGUGAGAGGUAAGUAAGUAGUUAUGACUUAUACUUUUGUCAUGUAUAAGUUAUAAGUAUAAGCAUAAAAUAAUGAAUGCGAUAUUUGAUUAAGUCUGGAAGUUUUACUUUUCAAAUUUUCUUUAUUAUUGGUGAACUUGAGACUUGAGUUUCUUUAUUCAAAGGCCGGUUAUUUAAAUCAUUAAUUUUUAAAGAAACAUUAAUUAAUGUCGGUCACAAAAUGUCCUCAUUAAUUCUUGAAAUUGAUGAGAUUAUCUAUGAUUAUGAAUGCCUUGCCUUAAAUAUAAUAAUGUCAGAGGAAGAAAAAAAAAAAAAAGCAUCGUCAUCUGCUGGGCGUAUUUAGUGUUGUGUGGAUAUUUGCUAAAAAUAAAAUAAUGGCUAACAUUAUGCAUGCUGUUAAAGUUGGGCAAAAUAAUCUAGUUUUAGUCAAUUUUAACUUUAACUGGUUCGCAUCGCCAUCACAAAUCAUGGAAAAUAUUGCUGCUCAUAUUUCUGACAAUUAUUAGGUCCUAACUCUUUUUAUCAAUGUGAAGUUAAUUAAUUUAAAUAAGAUGGUGACUAAUUAGUCUGGAAGGGAGGUCCACACUCAGUCUUAUUUCUAUAAAUACACAAACUCAUUAGACUCAUAAUGCUGUUCGGAUGUCAUUUGUGGUAGUUUAUUUUAGUUAAACUUAAUUUAAACUGAAGAAGUAAGUUUACAAACAUAUAGUCCAUUCAAUUAUCUUUCCUUUGAUACCUCAUUUUUGUCUUACAAACCCAACAAUAAUAUUUUAAAUAGUUUUUAAAUCCAACCUCUCACUUCUGGAAGAGCCAACUAAGAUUGUCACUUACUUGUAUUAAAUGCUUAUGAAGAGAUAGAUUUGAAACCCCACCAAAUUUAUAAUUUAAAAUUACGCAACUAAAUAAAAUUGGAGAUUGAAAGAAAAAGGAUUUCUUUUUUUUUUAAAUUUUUUUUUAUUUUUGAAUUCCAUGUAGACUACAUUAAAUUGGUGUAUAUUUUUCCCAAUUUUUUUUUAAUAGGACUUAGAGGAGCUAACUCAAUGUGCUGUUCCUGAGGACAUCCUACUGAACAGAGAAUUGAAAUUAGAUCAACCUCUUGGUUUGUACUUCUGAUCUUUAAAUUUAACAUAUUGAAAUUAUCUUAUAAAACACUGGCAUUGUGCCAUUGCAUGCAAAUAAAUUUCUGUUCUGUUAUUAGUGUUAUGCUUGUUUGUUAUAGGCCAGUAGUCCUAGUAACUCAUAUUCUUUGCUGCAGCUAUUGACAAUUUAGGCUAUAUUUUGUAUAGCUGCAUUAAAAUUCUAUCUCUUUGGAUAUGAUGCUUGUUAAAUUAUAGCAUAAAUUAAAUAACAUAAUAAGAAGGCCUAAUUAAGCCAAAUUUUAAAUUUUUUAAUUUUAUACCUUAAUUUCACUGUUAUUUUAUCAUUGUAUCAUUGUAUCUUUGCAUGUGUAUAAAACACUUUUUGUGGCAUUUGUGUAUGGGUAUAUUCUUUCUAUGGUUGCUCAGGUGAAUUCGAGUUGCUAGCUCGACUUAAAGAAAUAGCUUCAGAGAACCAGGUGUGGAGAAGUUAUAUUGGACAAGGCUACUAUGGAACUUACACACCAACCACCAUACUUAGAAAUAUUUUUGAAAAUCCUGGAUGGUAAGUCUUAGUUGUACUAGGGUUUCUUUUGACCAACAUUCCUUGUACAAAAAAUUUGUCUGUACUCAUUCCUUGGUAUAAGCUUUCCAGCAUCAAUGAGGCACGAACAAUAUGUGUAAAUAAAAAAAAUUAUAUUAAGCUUUAAUUAUGAUGAGACAAAAUACAAAUUCAAACGUUUUGGCAAAUGCCCUCCUCAGCUCAACAAAAAACAUAAAUAUAAUUAUAAAUUUUAUUCUUAUUUUUUUUCUUCCAAUUUUUAGGUAUAGGUAGGAUGUAAAUAUAUAUUAUGUAAAUUUAAUAUUUAUAUCCUGCCUAUAUCAAAAAAUGGAAGAAAAAAUAAGAAUAUUUAUAAGUCCCUCAUGGAAGCAAAGAUCAGAAGAACGAAAAGAAAAUAGAUGGAUGAACAGUAUAAAAGCCAAACGGGAAAAAGACAACGCAGUUAUGUAUAAUUGUAAAUUUAGUUUAUUACAAAUGGAGUCAUCAUACCAAAUCUAUUUAUUAAUUUGUUUUCCAUAUAAAUUCUAUCAGGUGUUUCAAUCACAUACAAUAUACCAGUGUGACACAAUGGCAACAUUGUUCUCCUCAAAACUUGAAGUAAAGGGGUAAAAUUCCUAGCUUAUUUCCUAGAUUUAGACAAGACAGCCAGGUGCUUGAAUUUCUCACCAAAUAAGGGAAAUUUUCUUGGGGAGGAGGAAACCCAGUGUUAAAAACUCCACUGGAUGCUGAUAAGGGUAAAAAAUAGCUUCCUGAAAUCAGAAGUACUGGGCCAUCAUAGGGCAUAACACUGUUCUUUACUUAAUUACCUCUAUAUAGCAAGUGAGCUGCCUGAAAAAAAAUUGGAAUGAAUUUCUUUAUAAAAUCUGGAAUGAUUUUAUUUAAAAUCCCUAGAUUUAAAAAUUGAUGUAUUUGAUACAGCUCAUUGAGAAAUUUUAGCUUGACAUAACACUAAUAAAAAUCUUUUUUAUCUAUAGGACAACACAGUAUACACCUUACCAAGCUGAGCUGGCUCAGGGUAGACUGGAAAGUCUUCUCAACUACCAGACCAUGGUUACUGACCUUAUGGCACUACCAGUAUCCAAUGCUUCCCUGCUUGAUGAGGGCACAUCUGCUGCUGAGGCUAUGGCUCUGUGUACUAGGUAAGCUGCUAUGGAAGAAAGAUGAAUUUCUAAUAGCCCUGAUUACUAUGUUCCACCCUGAGGGACGAUUUUAAUAUGCUCUGCUUAGCAACAUAGAAAUAGCAGGAUUAAACAACUUAUUCUGGAGAAGAAAGCCCUAGUAAAACAAAAUCCUUUGGACCCAUGACAAAAUUAGCUUGCUGGUUUAUUAAGUGUUAGGCCAUCUCUGAGCUUAGCACAAAACUGUGCAAAAUAGGUGUGAUCAAAACAGUAAAUUUACGGCUGCCAAUGUUAGUAAAAAUCAAUUUUUUUUAAAAAGAUUACAAUUGAUUUAACUGGACUCACACAGAUUUUUAAAAGAAAAAGUAUUUAAAAAUAUGCUGAGAGCAGCUUGUAGUAGUUAAUGAAGAAAGAUACUUUUUUUUUGUUGUUUUUUUCAUAAGAUGAUCUGAGCUUUGAAAACAAAAUAUUAGUUGUAAAAUAUAUCUAUCAACUCUGAUUUAGAAGUUGAAAUCACAGUAGAACUAAUUUGAAAUAAUUGGAUUAUAAUUUUAAAAAAUCAUAUUGCUAAAGUAUGAUUGACUGUGUUUACAUUAUUUUUACGCAGAUUCAACAAGAGGAAGAAGUUCUUUGUUGACUCAAAGUGCCACAUUCAAACAAUCUCCGUUGUCAAGACCAGAGCCGAGUGAGUUGUUUUUGUUGUUGUCACCGAGCUCACAUUGUAGCAAUGAUGAGAUAUAAAUGGAAUUCAAAUUUUCUUUUUAUUCCCUCAAUCAAAUUUAUUUAAUCAGAUGUAUUUGACUGUCAUUCUUGCGCUUUCUGUGACAGGCCCCUGGGAAUUGAUGUGGUUGAGGGACCAUGGAAAACAGCUGACUUCAGUAAAAAAGACUUCAGUGGUGUCUUGGUUCAAUACCCAGAUACAGAUGGAACGAUACAUGACUAUACAAAAUUUGUUGAAGAGGCUCACAAAAAUGGGGUCGGUUCCUGUUUUUUGCAAUACUCAAUUUAAAAUUAUUAGUCACUAUUAUUAAAAUGUUCACAAUCAUAAGUACAUAAAUUUAUUUCCCUCAAUCUAAUUAUAUCAUUUGAAAUCAUGCAGACACUUGUAGUUGGAGCCACAGACCUACUUGCUGUGACCUUAAUGAAACCACCUGGUGAACUGGACUUUGAUAUUGCCAUUGGAACAAAUCAGAGGUUUGGUAUACCCAUGGGUUAUGGUGGGCCCCAUGCAGGAUUCUUCUCCUGUAAAGAGAAGUUUAUGAGGAUGUUGCCAGGAAGGGUUGUUGGUAUCACAAGGUGAGUGUACAGUGGAAAAUUAGUUGCAUCACUCUUAUGUAAUGAUUAACAGAGAGCUUUUGUUAAUUCAAGCUUUUAGGUAUGGAAUAUUUAGAAAGUUAUCAGGCAGAUAUCUUUAUGCCAUAACACCCAACACCUUCUUGAUUCAUUCUAGCUGUACCACUGUUCUAUAUAAAUAAAUUUUUCUCUGUCAGGGAUGCUGCUGGAAGGCGUGCACUGAGACUUGCUCUGCAGACAAGAGAACAGCACAUCAGAAGAGACAAGGCGACCAGUAAUAUCUGCACAGCACAGGUGGGGAAGUGUGAAUAAAAUAUGUGCAUGAUUAUUAUUGGGUAAAAUAUUGUCACUAUUGAUUUUGUAUGUAACUAAUAAUGUAACAUAUUAAUCAGCUUUUUUAAAAAUGGUAAUAUUUAUAUAUUACAAAUAAAAAUAAUAAAUAAUCUAUUUCAUAGGCCCUUUUAGCCAAUAUGUCGGCAAUGUAUGCUGUUUUUCAUGGACCAAAAGGUCUCAAACACUUUGCCCAAAAAGUUCAUCAUGGAGCCCUACUCUUGUCUGAAGGUAAAAACUUGAUUUGCUUUUCGAGUCUGAUAGUUAUAAAUUUACACUUUAAAUAUUUUAAUAGUUAUGCAAAAAAUAUUUUACUUCUUUAAAUUCUUAUGAUUUGUUAACCCAUGAAAACUUCAAAUCACAAUGUUUCCUUUUGUCAGGUAUUAAAAAAAGUGGCCACAAGCUGACGUCAACUGUCUUCUUUGACACAGUGAAGUUCCAGCCAAAGGAUGGACAAGCUGAGAUAAAAAAGAGAGCCGAAGAGAAGAAAAUUAACUUGAGAUAUUAUCCAGAUUCAGAGGUGGGUAAUGUAAUGAAUGCAAUAAAACAGAAGACAAAACAUACAUCAUGAAGAAUUUAAUAAAACAGAAAUUCAUCACUGAGUACAGUCUGAUGGAAUCAUUUGAACUGUUAAUUUCAGUUCAUAGUAAACAUAUAUAGAGAAAAAGAAUCUUUUUGUUAUUGAUUUUGGUCUGCAUUUAUUCUUCUCUCAGAUUUCCAUGUCCCUGGAUGAAACAGUAUCUCAGAAAGACAUAGCAGAUUUGCUUUAUGUUGUAGGAUGUCCAACUUCAGCUGUGAGUCAUCUUCUUUUCUCUUUAUCCUUAAAUAUAAGUUAGAAAGUUAGAUCAGUCAAAUAAGCUUUGACUUGGAAGUAAUGAUGGCAGUGUCAAAUGAAUAGCAAAUAAUAUAACCAAAAGCUCUGUCUUUAAAAAAAAAACUUUAAUCUCUUUGCUUUAGAGAUUGUUAAAGCUCCCCAGCUCUUUUGCUCCUAGCAUAUCAAGGAAACCUACUAAAUCAAGAGUUUUGCACCCUUUUUUGAAGAAAGAGUCAUUUUAUAAAUUUUAUCUGCUAAGAAAAUAUUUUGGGAAUCUUGGCAGCAUUUAAAAUUAAAUUAUUCAUUUAUACUGAACCACGGGUUCCCAUUUGCUGUCUAUAAUUACAAAAUAUUUUUUUAUAAAAUUAAAUAACAAAGCUCUUAAAAGAUAAUAUAGUAUCCUUUUAAUGCUACUUUUGUUGUUCAGCUUCAUUUAGUUUUUAUUUAAGCGUAAAUGGCAUAAUAGAUACAUUUUUUAAAGUGUAUAUUAUAUAACAAAAAGAUCCGCUUUAUCCAUUCUAUGCGCUUUAUCCAUUCUAAGAGCGGCAUGCAGCUUUGGAGCCACAGGUCGCUGACCACUGUAUUAAUUUUUUUUUUAAAUAGUGUUUAGUCAUUUGUUUGACCAGAGAAUCACAUGAUUAGAAAUUAAGUGCUUUAACAAAAAUAGUAAAAAUGACAAAAUAUCUGACAAAAAAUAUCUCCUCUAUCAAAACAAUAUCUAUAGCUACUAUCUGAUGAGGAAAAAAAGGGGUGGGGGGGUUGUGCACUUGGACAUCUUCCUUUUUCUUCCUUCUGGAAACAACAUAGUUGGAUGAGAUUUUUUUUUUUAAAUUAAAAAAUCAUAGUGUACAUUUGAUUAUGGUACUUUUAUUCUCCUCUGGAAAUAUUAGAUAAGGGAAGAAAAAUGUGUUGUUCUAAAAUAUGAUUAUUCAGAUCAAAAGAUAAGAGUUCUCUAUAAAAAUUUAAAAAAAAAGGCAAAAAUAUAUAACUUGUUUCUAGAUUAAGUACACUAUCAGCCAAAUGUUGUUUUUCAAAUUGCCUUUAUACAAUUAAACAUUGUUGAAUUCAGAAAGGUGGCACUUAAAAUACCCCUUUUGUAGUUAAAUCAAUAAAAAAAAAUAUAGUCAACAUUCAUUUUUAUGUUAGAACUUUUAAAGUUUCUUUAUUUAAAAUUUUCCCCACCCCACUGUAGAAUUUUUUUCAGGAUCUGCUAUUGCCCUGAGUUAUGUUUAUUCUUAUAAAUAAUUUUCCUUUUAAUGAUGUUUGCUUAAUAUUAUCUCUCCAAACUGGCAUAUGUCAUUUUGGAAAUCAGACAUUUUCACCUUAGUUAGCUGCUGUUGGUAUUAGGCCUACUUAAUGAAAAUAAAUCAUGUUAGAUUUUCUCAAAAGUAUUGUUAAAGAAGACUUUCUGCUUUUUAAUUAUAGAAAAAUUGCCCAGAAAAAUAUUUUGUGACAGCUUUCUUAAUUUAGUUUGUAUAUGCAACUAAAAAAACUCUAGUAUGAUAUCCAUGCAGCAGUUGCCAUAUUUUUUGUAAUUCCGAUUUUUGUGUUAACCACCUUCAAUAAAGGCUCAUAAAAGUUCAAUAAGCUUAUGUCAUGCUUGUCCUUUAAGGUAGGCUUACCAUUCAUCCUAGGUAGACCGGCAUUGGCCAAAGAGAUUUGAUAUUCUGUCCCGGAUUCAACAUAGGAAAUUCAAUAAUGCAUGGACUUAAUUUAAAAUGUCUGUUGAGUUCCAAGUUUUUAUUAUACAACAUGCAUUAAAUAAGAAUAAGAAGUCCUUUUGAGGCUUAGUUGAAGUUAUGAAACAGCAGAAGAAGGUAUGUGGAAGCUUCAAAUAGAAAUACAGGACAUUAAAAGAACGUUUCAUCUAAGAGCCUUCCUCAAAUGACAGGGCAAAUGAAGAAAUAACAAGAAAUAGAAAGUAUAUAAAAAAAACUAAGUGUUGCUAUUAAUGUUAUUGCUGGAAUUUGGGUUUUUCAAAACUAAGAUUACAGACUGUAAAAGAAUUUAUGUAUUAUUACUGUGAAAAAAUUAGAUUUUAACGAACAAAAAUACUUUGUAAAUAUGUAAAAUAAGACAUAAGAAAAGAAAUUCAGGGAAAUUGCGGAUCACUAUUAAGAGAAAAUUUGAUUAAUUCCAUAUGGUGAUAUUGUCCUGUCUGCCGAGGAAGGCUCUUAGCUAAAAAAAAUUCUUCUUUUAUUGUCAUGCCUUUUUAUUGUCCUGCCUUUCUAUUUCUAGCUUCCACAGACCUUGUUCUGCUAUUUCUUUCACACAGCUUGAGCGUAGUCCUUCAUUUAUCCUUUGAAGUUCUGCCUGCAACCUAUGAACCUUACCUCACUUCUUAAGAGAAGAUAGAAGUAAUAUGCUAGAAUUUACAGUUGGUAAUCUUCUCAUGUUAAUAAGACUCCCCAUUACUAAGCUGUUCAGUGCUUUUGGACAAAGAAAGAUAUACAGGGCCAAUAAAAGAAUCUUGCAUCUCUACUUUUUAAGAAUGAUAUUGCCAUGGAGAUUGGUGAAGAGCCUUCCAACAGCUUGGAGAGAGGACAAUUUGCACGAACUUCUCGCUAUCUUACACAUCCAGUCUUCAACAGGUAGAAAUUAAAUAUUCAAAAGAUUAACCCUCAACAAAAUUUGAAUAGAUUUGCUGACAUUUUUAUAAUUCGAAAUUAAGGCUUGUUAUUUCUUUUACAUUGUUAUGGGAUAUUUACAGUUUUAUUUGAUUUGCUAGCUAUCAUUCUGAGACGAGAAUUGUUCGCUAUAUGAAGAACUUGGAAAACAGAGAUCUGUCCCUUGUUCACUCAAUGAUUUCACUGGGGUCCUGUACCAUGAAACUAAAUAGUACAACAGAAAUGAUGGUAAGUUUUUUUAUGAUUGAUUACUUCAUAACAGAGACUGGGCACUAUAUUGAUUUUGACCACAAGUAAACAGUGUCCUUGUUUAAAUUGAACAAUUAUUUUUUUAAAUGCAUAUUUUUUUAUCAGUUAAAAUGAUUUUUUUAAUAUAUUCCUGUAUAUAAUUAAUUAAUUAAUUAUUUCUUAAAUCUUAAAUCUAUCAAUGCUAAUAGACUUUUUUCAUUAUUCAUUUCAUCAGCCCUGUUCAUGGCCAGAGUUUGCUUCCUUGCAUCCAUUCGUGCCCAAAGAGCAAGCCAAAGGUUAUCACAUAAUGCUUGAAGAGUUGGAGAAAGACCUGUGUGAAAUUACAGGCUAUGACCGCAUUUCUUUCCAACCAAACAGGUGACAAUGCUGCUUGUUUGUUAUUGUUCUUUUUAUUUCAGGAAUAAGUGAUGCAGCUAUAGCUUACCUGGUUAGACCAGAGCUAUUUUUGCAUAGUCGGCUGUAGCUGAUCCCAAGCCAAGCUGGUUGCUAUGUCCUCCAGCACAAGGUUUAUAUUCUCUCCAAGAGUUUCUGUUUCUAUGAUAAAAAAACCAUUCAACCUUAUUAUAAACCCAUAAUUGGGGACUAACCGGGAAUAAGUGGUUUGGAAAAUAAACAAGAAUUUGAUUGCUCCACUUGACCAACCACAGACAAGUUAUUUUUUGUAUCCUUAUAAACUAAAUUAUGUUGUUUUUUUUAAUUCACUUUUAAAUUUAUUUUUGUAUAUUUAAUUAGGAAUAGUCCUCUUUUACUGAAGAAAAACCUCAUAAAAAUUUUUUACAUCUCAAAAUAUGAACCUAUGAAUAGUUUUUAUCAGUUGGUCAUAUGGUGACCAUUGCAUUCCUCUAUAAAAUUGUUUUGAAAAAUGUUUUUUUAUCAACAUAUUAAUUUGCAUCGUACUAUUCCAAUUUUUAAAUGUGCUUAAACUAAUAAACUCUCAAUUUUUACACUUUCAGUGGUGCCCAAGGUGAAUAUGCGGGCCUUAGAACUAUCAUGUCUUACUUACAGUCCAUUGACCAACAAAAAAGAAAGGUCAGUGUCAAAUUAAAUAUUCAACUAGAAAGGAGGAGCUUAACAUUCAUAAUGUAUAGCUACUUACAAAUGAGGAAAAUUAAAACUAGUCAUUACAAUAUUUUUAUCCACAUAAAUGCAUAUUUAAAAUUUUUCAUGUUAGUAGUUUUGUUAAAGAAUUAGGAUGGAGAUUUUCAGGAACUGAUUUAUGCAAAGUACUAAAAUUUACUAACGGUACAAAUUCAUAUACGUUUAUUAUUCUUAAAAAUUUGUAUUUUUUCUUAUAAUAAAUCUUUAUUCCCAUCAAAUCAUGUUAUACUUUGCUAUGCUCAUUUCCUUUCUUUCUAGGUUUGUCUAAUUCCAGUAUCUGCCCAUGGCACCAACCCCGCAAGUGCCCAGAUGGCUGGUAUGAAAAUACAGCAAAUUAAUGUGGAUCGUAAUGGAGCUGUGGACAUGAAACACAUGAAAGAAAAUGUAAGAUUUUAUUAUACAAAUAAAAAUAGUUGUAUUUUAUGCUUUCCAACCACAAAAAAAUGUUUCCACUUUUUUAUAGCAAACCUAGAUUACUACGUUGAAACUUAUCUGUUAAAAUAGAAGAGAUCUGUAGAUUUAAACAUUUUGUUUUAUCAUUUGUACUAGGUGGAGAAAUACAAAGAUGAAUUGGCCUGUUUUAUGAUAACCUAUCCCUCAACACAUGGUGUUUUUGAUAAAGACAUAAGGUAAAUAGCCAUUAAAGGGCAAGGAAGAUUGCUAUAUUAGCAAGAUGUCUACAUUUUUUACUAUAAUAAUCUUAUUUUUCUCUUUGAUCAAUCAUUUAUUUUUUUAUUUAUUUUUGAAGCACCAUUAUAUGCUAUUUUUCAAUCAACAUGCUCUUUAAAAUUAAUUUUGUUUCUUUUUUUUAUCUUUCUUGGAAAAAUUCUUUUUUAUAAUUUUGCUUGCUUGUAUACCAAAUAUAUUCUUAGAAUUUUUGAUAUAUUUAAACAUUUUUUUACAGAGAAAUUUGCGACAUAACCCAUCAUUACGGUGGGCAAGUUUACCUUGAUGGUGCCAACAUGAAUGCACAGGUAUGUUAUAGUAGUGUUUCACAAUAUCUGUUAACUUUCAUUUUUCAUUCAACAGCAGAACAUUUAUAACUUAGAAUGAAACAUAAUUUUGGCAGGGUUAAGGUCAAGACUAGAUUUUUAUCAUAAAAGUAUAGUUGUGAGUGAUUCAUUGAAAUAGUUGCAAAACAAGUUACUACUUUGUAAACUUAAUAUGUCAAAUUGAUGAUAUACUGCACCUCACACAUCUUAAACAGAAUUAACUUCUCUAAGGAUGCUCAUUUUAAAAAAAAGAAAUUAUUUGAGCUUUACAUAAAUUUCCAUUAUUUUUGCAAUAGAUUAUUAUAAACAAGUUGAUCACUAUUAAUAUUCUUCACCAGUAAAUUAAUAUUACAUUUUUUGUUGGUUUUGUCUUAGAUAAAUAUUAGGCUUGUUAUUUUGGUUGUAGUUUUUGCUUACACAUUUUAAUGGCAUGGCUUACUACAACAAGGUUGGUAUCUGCCGUCCUGGGGAUUAUGGAUCUGAUGUGUCUCACUUGAACCUGCACAAGACCUUCUGUAUUCCACAUGGUGGUGGUGGUCCAGGAGCUGGACCUAUUGGAGUGUAAGAACAUUUUUACUCCUACUGACUAGUCAUCCCUAACUCUUGCAUCCCCUUCACUUUGUGCCAACUUUUGCAAUAUUUACAGCAGCUCAUGUUUGUGUAACACAUAUUUAUUUAAUAGGUGAAUAAUGAUAUUUCCUUGUCUGUGGAAAAACUCAGUUAUCUUGAUUUAUAAAUUUUUAUAAAAGCAGUGUAUAAAUAUCCAUAAAUAAAAGGACAUACUGGCUAUUUAAAAAAAGUUUUUUUUUUGCAAGGGAUGCAUUUUGUUAGAAGGUAGAUGGCCUAUUUUUUUACAUCUCAAAGUCAACUGCUUUCUUCCAUCUAUGGUGGUUGUUUUUUUAACUCUCAUUUCCUCCCAUGAAACAAUAGAUUCCAUUUCUCUCAGCUAAAUUCCCAUAGCCUAGGCUUAGUGUCUAUCAUAUGAACAAAAUUGAAAGGAAUCUGUUUUUAAAUUUAAUUAAUUCGAUAAGAUUCUUGAAUUAAAAAAGAUUCUAUUACUAAUACACUAUACAAAACCAUCCCUAUUCUUUUAUAUUUCAGAAAGAAACAUUUAGCCCCAUUCCUUCCUUCCCAUCCCAUUUCACCACCAGAUGGCAUUGAUCCAGCAUUAUCUUUUGGGAGUGUCUCAUCAGGACCUUAUGGAUCAACCUCCAUCUUGCCGAUUUCAUGGUCAUACAUUAAAAUGAUGGGUGCCCGAGGCCUUCGCAAAGCAUCUCAGGUGGCAAUCUUGAAUGCAAACUACAUGAGCAAAAGACUAGCAGGCCAUUACAAAACCUUGUACACCAAUGAAAAAGGUAGAAUACUUUUUCUACAGCAUUUUUUAACUUUUACUCUGCUUGCACUCAUAACAGUAUUUGUAACGUACAUUUUUGUUGUCAAGCAAUUGUUUUGUUGGAGCGUUGGCGUAACUGUCUUUUUCCUAAAACCAUCUUAUGGGCCCCAAUAAAAAUGGCCAAAACAAUAAUCUCUUAUUUUCAAUCUUUUGCAAUGCUACUUUGAUUGGAAUUUAUUUAUUUUAAAAAAGUUAUUUGUUGUGAGAAUUUGUAAAUAUUCCUCGUAAUUAAUAAAUAUAUUUUAUAAAUUUUGUGAUCUAAUUGUUAUAUGGUAGCCUUUAAUUUUUAGUAAAUGUCUUUAUAUAGAACACAUUACACAUUUCAAUUGUUUUGUAUACCUUGGUAGGAUGCAAAAGUAAGCUGUUAUGGUUAUGUUAUGAUCAUUGUGACUUUAGUUGUUUUUUUGUUGGAUAAAUCAAUUUGACAUGAUUAGUCAACUAGUGGUGUAUGUAAAAUUCUGUUAUCCUUAGGUUUCUGUGCUCAUGAGUUCAUCAUUGACUGCAGGGAGUUUAAGAAAACAGCAAAUGUUGAAGCAACGGACAUAGCAAAAAGACUUCAAGAUUAUGGUACGGUCAUGUUAAUUUUAUGUCAAAAUAUAAAUAAUAUAAAUGACUACUGUGCAAACAAUUUUUUUACUUGACAAAAGCACACCAAAUAAAAUAGCAGCCUAACUAAUGUUACCAUACAACUCCCUAAAGUUAAAUACCAGAACAUACCCGUUGUUUUUGAAGAAUUUGUAAUUUUUUAAAAUCUUUUUUUAAUUUACUGUUAUGUGAGUAAGAAGUUCAGCGUGGCUUUGCAAGCUCUUGAAAGUUUAUUGACAAGUUUAGAUAAUGAAAAUAUUGAACAGAUGCAUGUAAAAUCAAUUGAUAUUUAUACAGAUCCUAUGGUUAAAGUUAACUCUGAAAAAAAAGAGUUAAAAUUAGCUCUAGUACAUUCAGGGCUGGCCCUAGGUUGCAAGGGAAAAAUUAAGGGUGAGGUAAUGAGUUUAUUACCAAGGUUUUUUUUUUUUUAACAAACAAUGAACAAUAAUAUUGUUUUGCUUAACUUGUAUUUGGACAGUAUGAACAAUUAGCCUAACCUGACAUUUUUUAAAGAAUUUAGAUUAUCAAAUGUUUUAAGUGCAUUUUUUGUAUUUAUAUUCUUUGCAAUAUCAUUUUCUAUAUUCAAAAUUGCCAAAGAAUUCAUUCUUUCCUGAGACAUAGAUGAUCUUCAGUAUGAUUUUAUAACUGGCUACAGUAAUAUGUACUAUAAGCACUACUCUUAAUGUCACCUAAAGAUUUGUUAGAAGUGGAUUCCUGGCAACUUGUUGCACUUUAACCAUCCACUAAUUUUAGGCUAUGACACACUCAAGGCAUAAGGUUUUUCCAAAGUUGCUGAAAAAAAGGUCUGUUGAUAAGCAAUAUGCUGACAAACCUACCGCCGUCGCCAAAUAGAAGUCUCUGUCACAAGAAACAGAUGCCAUGGCAAAGAAGAACUCAAUGCUCCUACAAGGGAAGCAGCUGCCUUUGUCUGCAGUGACUUUUACUGCCACUUCCUGUUUACGAACACAACAAUUUAUGUAGCAUGGCAGACAAACAUUUUGAGCUAAAAAUAAUUUUUUCCGGGACACCCACACGCAAUGCUUUUUCAUAUUUUGGAAGAUUAUUGCUGGCGCCCUAAGCACAUGGCACCCCGGGCAACUGCCCGAAUUGCCGGUACCUUGAGCUGGCCCUGAGACAUUGGUAGUUAAUACUAGCAGCUUAUGGUGGUUACCAGUGGUGAUUAUUCUGAACUUAUGAAAAUCUAGAAAUACUUAAAUUCAGAUAUGUUAUUCAUAUCAAUAUUUAUAUAGUGAUUAUGAAAUUUCAUUCAUUUUAGCACUUAAUACUUUAUAAGAUGACUUUUCAUUUCUUUAUAUUUUACGGUAAUUAAAAAAAACUCAUAUGGAGUUAUCCUCUUUGCUUAGCCACAUCAAAGGGUUACAUCAAAAGUAGGUUUUGCAGGAGUGGGCUGUCUGCUAUAUCAAUUUAGCUACUCCUAAAUAUUGUGAAAAUUUCUUCCAAAUUUACUUAUAAUUUUUUUCAACUUUAGGAUUCCAUGCUCCUACCUUGUCUUGGCCUGUGUCAGGCACACUUAUGAUAGAACCCACCGAGUCUGAGGAUAAACUUGAGUUAGAUAAUUUCUGUGACGCUCUUAUCAGUAAGUACAAUGACCAUUGGUACUUUAAAAAUUAUGUUACCAAUCACAUACCAAGUCACCACAAUACAACAUAGAGGAAAAAAGAAAAAUUUAUAUUUAUUAACUUGGAUUAACAGCAAGAGUCAAGGCAGUAUACAAUAUAAUUUCUGUCCUUUUGUUUUUUAACUUAGGAAAAGAAUUUAUAAAUUAAAAAAAAAAGAAAGCACACUAAUUUGAUUUAUUCAAAAUAUGUUUCUUUUUUGGGGUGUGAUGUAUGCAGAUAUUUUAAUUGAUUAUUUUCCCUAUGUUAUUUUAGUAAGUUAUUAACACUUUAUGAUAUAAAAAUCACUUCUAAAGUGAUACAAUAAAAAAUUCAAGCAUAUAAUUUAAAUUCAAAUUUAACCCCAUUUUUCAGUGAUUCGUGAUGAAGUUCGAGCUAUUGAAUUAGGCCAGUGGAGCAGAGACCUAAAUCCCAUUAAAGUAUAGUUUUUAGUUUUAAAAAAAUGAAAUCUUUGUACUUAAAGCAGUGUUAAAUAAAUGUUUCUAAAGCUUAGUAAUACAAAUCGCCAAGAACUGGAGAGUCUAAAAGAUAUAUCAUCUAUAAUGUUGUGAUUAAAAUAGAAAUAUACAUUCAAUUCUGAGUUUCCGGUGGAUAUUUAAGACCAGAGUUAAAUGUGGAACUGGUGCUUGCAUUGACUUGUAUGUAAAAAGAGUGAAAAUAGUUUGUUUUUUUACACUGUAUAGUUAUAAUAAUUGUAAUGUUUAAAAACAAUUGUCACCAGUAUCAAAUAUCAAAAUGAUUUUUUUUUUAGAUGGCACCUCAUUGUCAAGCUGAUGUUCUAUUUGGCAAAUGGGAAAGGCCAUAUUCACCAGAGUCUGCAGUAUUUCCCGCUGUACGUUUUUUUGUAUGUGUGUUCAUUGUUUAAUAAAAUGUACAAUGUACAAAUUCAUUUUAUGAUUACAUGGCAUGUUACAUCUAACAAAAAACUAAUCAAUAAAUAGCCUUAGGUUGCAUGCAUGUUUGUAGCAGCUGUUCAAACUAUAUUCAAAAAUAAAAAUAGUAACUUCUGUUUUAUUUUUAAUAAAAAAAUUAUCUGAUUUUGACAGGAUGUAGCUUAGUAAACCAUUAACUGUCUGCGAGUUUGUAUUAAAUUAAUUAAAACUAUCAUAAUGUAUAUUAUUCAUAUUUUAAUUGACCAGGCUUUUGUCCAACCAACUACCAAAAUUUGGCCAACUGUCUCCCGUAUUGAUGACAUUUAUGGAGACCAAAACCUGAUGUGCACCUGCCCUCCUGUGACAGACUACACAUCAUCAGAUGAAGAGAAAUUAGAAUCCUCCAAUUUGUAAUACAGUAAAAUUAAUUUCGCAAAAAAUAUUGGAAGGAUUUGUUCAUUUAAGAUUUAAAUACACCUCAAGGUACUUUGACUGUCACAUUUUUCACUAUUAUAAAAUACCAUUCCAUUUAUGUUUUGAAACUUAUACAUAGUUUAUAAUCUUUUCAAUCAAUGUAAAUUUAGGACGGCAUUUCAUACAUAAUUGACCCUUGUUUUUGUGUUUCAGUAACCCAGUGACUAUUGAUAUUACUGUUAUGUGCAAUGUUCCACUUGAUAAACAGCAUAUAUUUUUAAAGUAGAUAAAUUUUCAAGAUAAAAACAUUUUUGAAAGUGAGUCUUUAUAGUAUCUGUCCCUAUAGGAAGGUGUAGAACUACUGCUAAGGUUACAUCUGUCAACUUUAAGUAUGGGGUACUAAAAAAAUUACAAUUUAUUAAAUUUCAUAAUUUUGUAUAUUUUUUGUUUACAGAUGAGUGGAAUUUCUGAGACAUUUUCAGUUAUGUGAAUAGAGUAAAAGAAAAAUUUAAAAUUGCCUUUGACUUGAUUUACUUUGUUCUGGCUAAUUUUUUAUUUUUCAUGCAUUUACGAAUUCGGGAUUUUUACAACCAAAGUUGUUGUGGUGGUCAGUAUUUGUAAAAAGAAAACUUGAAAAUUCCAGUAUUUUGUAACAAGCUAACCUAAAAAUUGAAAUGUACUGAAAGUAUAUUAAAUCUUUAAUGCUAUGAUUAUCAAUAAUUGUAAUUACUAAAUAUUCAAGUUAUUUCAUUGUUCUUAUAAACAGAAAUCUGGACUUAAUAAAUUGAUCUUUUACUUUUUAAAAAAAAAACUUUACAAUAUUUCAUUAUAUAUAUUUUCAUAUUAAAAUUUAAUGUAGGCAGUACAAUAACAAGUGAUUACCUUGAAAUAUAAAACCACUAUCUUCUUUACAUUUUAUUUUGUCUUACCAAUUGGAACUUAACAUUUUUAGAUUGUUUUUGAUCUAUCAGGUAAAUAUGUAAAAUUUCUGUUACACCUGGUAAUUUACAUUAAAGUAUAAGCAUCAUAUUCAUUAUUAAUGUAUAUUGAAAUUUAAUCUGAAUUUCAGCAGUAAUAAUCAUUACUGGAAUACCACAUCGACUAAUUACUUAGUCGUAUGUAACAUCUUUGGCCACUAUAUUUUUUCAAUGUAUAUUCUAUGCAAGAAAAUUAUGUACUCUAUUAAAUUUAACAGUAUUGUUAUUAUUGCCACACAUUGCAUUUUUCCCUUGAUUUGAAUGGGAUGCUAUUUUGAAAUGGUUUUAAAUUUUUUUUACCUUUUAUUGCAAUAUUUCCUAUACCGGUACAUAUUAAUCCUUUAUUUUAAAUAAAAAUCUUUUCAAAUAAAUGACAAGAAUCGAAUAAGUUUAUUAUUUAGUAAAUCCUGUUAUGUAAAUAAAUUCAAAAAGUCCUUCUCUUAAAGCGGUGGUUCUCAACCUGUGGGUUGCGAUCUCUUUGGGGGCAAACGACCCUUACAGAGGGGUCGCCGAAGGCCAUCGGAAAAAACAUUUAUGCAGUAGUAGCAACGAAAAUAAUUUUAUGGUUGGGAGGAUUAAAGGGUCACGUCAUUAAGAAGGUUGAGAACCACUGUCUGAAAGUUAAAGAAUGGAGAAAACUUAUUUUUACACUCCAUAAAAAAAAAAGAUUACAUUGGAUUCAUACUAAUUAAAUUAAACUUUUGAUUUUCAGGAUUGAAUUAGUUUUAAAUAUUUACACCAUAAAUCAUCGGGUAUUAAAAGUACAGAUAUAAUGGUAUACACUGUAUAGCUUUAAGCUUUAAUUCAUUAACUUUUGUUUUAUUGGAAUUAAUACAGGUAUACAUGGGCGCCCGCAAGGGGGGGCACUUGCCCUGGAUUGAUUGGAUAAAAAAAUGUUAGACAAAAAUAGACAAAAUUUAUUAAAGUAAAGAGAAAAUAAAGAGAAAGUAACUAAGCUGAUGUCCUGUCCUUUCGUUCACCAUACAAAUACGCUACAGUAAAUUAAAACUACAUUAAAACAUUACUAAAAAAAUUU